UAUAACUUUCAGAAGCUUGUUAAUACCUUUUAAUGAAUCCAUUGAUAAAGCCGAAGAGAUUUAGGUCCCUUUUUAAGAACUUUGAUCAUGAACUUCCACGAAUCUUGGAACCUAUUGAUAACGUAGAGAUUUCAGAAGAGCAGAUUAUUGGACACAGGAUUUGUAAAAACCCAUUUGUGAGCUGUGCGAAGAUCUCCGAUCUGACUGUAGAGUUUAGUCCUAAAGCUCCCAAAUUAGACCAGAACUGGCCUGAAUUAAGAAUGUAUCCAGUAGAAAUCCAAGCGAAGCCACCCUUCAUUGGAGAACAUGGGAUUUAGCUACUUUGAAGUUAAAAUUUCUGAGCUGGUUGAGACAGAAAAUGAAUUUCCCAAAUUUGUAGUCGGAGUGAAGCAUCUUUGCAGUUGGAACUGUGAGAUAUCUAUGGACACGAGUAUAAACUUUCAAAUUUCAGGAGAGCAGUAUUACAAGACAAUCCGGAUCUGCAUCUGCGAAGCAGAUGGCACAUCUGACUGUAAUUAUCAAGGACCUCGUAUCGAGUUUAAUGAUACUAUUGGACUCUGAAUCAACUUCUUGGUCGGAGAAGUAUUCUUCACACAUAAUGGUAUAAUUAGUGAGAGCAGGUUCCUCAAUCUAGAUAAUCUGAAGGCCUGGACAGUAGACGACUUUGGUAGCGUGAAGCUGUUUCCAUUCGUGAAGUUUCGCAAACUUAACCAAAAAGUUCAGUUUGUGUUUGAUAAGAAAAACUUUGUUUUUAAUAUUGAUGAAUAUAUCAAAAAGACUCUUGGAGAUGUUUACAAGGAAAUAGUAAACCAAGCAAGUCUGCCUAAUUGAUUAACUACUAUUGCUAAACAUGACAAUGGAAAUUGAUUUGAUAUGCUGUCUCAGACCUUAAUACUUGAGUACCUGAGAGAUGAAGGAUAUACUAAAACUUUGAACGAGCUUUCAGAAUCCCUAGGAACCCCUCUGACUGACCACCCAGCAACCAAAACUCCCCUCCAAAGUAUCGAAAACCUUCCUUCCUUUACCUCCUCUCCCACUGAACCACCUCUCAACUAUCUCUCAUCUCUUACUAAAAUUUAAGGACUAUCUCAGUAAAUACCAGUUUGAUAAGAUUAAGACUUAUUUUAGCCAGAUUGAUCCCCAAGAGAGCCAGAAAGGAUAUUUGAAUAAGAAGGUGUUUUUAUUGGAUUUGUGGUAUUUUUCAAGGGUAGUUAUAAGCGAAAAAGGGCAAAAUCUAUUUGGGAGUGAAGAUAGGUUGGCUUGGACGCAGGGAGAUGGUUCAGAAAUGAAUUUUGAAGGUUUGGAGUAUAAUUAAGGCUGCAGAGGGAGAUGUUUGAGUGGAAAGAGAUAUUGAAGAAGCUGUAAGAUUUUUGAAAGAUGUUGUUACUCCAAGCUUAAAAAUUUGUUAUCCUCAACUAGACGAAAUAACUUUAUACAGUAAAAAGAAGUUUAAAUAAAUUCUUCAAAAUUCUCAUAAUGGAUCCCAAGAAAAUCAAAAAGAAAUACUUCAGCGUCAAAUCUCUCGAAAGCAUAGAGAGGAUGUGUAUAAACUGGCUCAAACAGCUCUGCUUUGGCAAGGAUUAUGAAACCGAUAAGAUCAGUAAUAUUCUCAAGAGACUCUAUAAGAGUUGAACCAAAAACAAGAACCCUAAGCUAGAGUUCCUACUACGAAACCCAAAGUUAUGCAAGGGAAUUUUACAAAUCAUACUCUAA